AUGAUGACGUAAUGUGGCGUGAUUUUGUAUGAUUGUUUCAUUGGACGUCGUGGUGUUUUGAACCAUCAAUUAGUCUUUUUAUUAUUAAACAAAAAAGAUCACCAUGUAUCAGAAGUGGAAGUUGCUCUCUUAAUUUGCGUAUUUAAUAAAUAUUCCAGUAAACUAUAUUUUACUUCUUAAGAAGCAAAAUUCUCUUUACAAUAUUAACCUACAAUUUUUACUCAGUGACAUAAAUGUUUAUUUUGAAAAUCCUUUAUUUCAAUAAACAAAAAAUAAAUAAUCAAAAUGACUGAGUCAGAUGAUUUUACAUCAACAUCGGAAAAUGAUUUUUCAAAUCUGUCUAACAAUGACAGUCUUGAUUUUAAUGAACUAAAUGGAUUUUAUGAUCUCUUCACAAAUUGUGAAAAUGAAUUACUCAAAAAUGAGAAUCUAUUCAGUGAUGAAGUUCUUCUCACUGAAAUGGACAAACCAGAACCAAUGGUUACUGAUGAUUUGAAUUUUUUAAAUAUUGAAAAUACAACUAUAUUUAAUGACAAAAAGAAUGUUAAACCAUCGAAUUCAACAAAUUUGGUAUCCGCGGAAAAACUACAAUUUACAGAAACUAUUCCAAUACAACUGAAGCAACAAAAUGUGCAUACAGCACAAACUUUAUACAGUCCUCAUUAUACUGUUCCGCACAGUAUUAACCUGAAUGUUUCAACACCAGUUGUUACACUAACAUCUGUUCCAACGCAACGCAGCCAUCUGAUUUUACCUUCGAAUUUGAUAAAAUCAGAAUCUGUUAUAUAUUCUGGAGGAUCUCAAACUGUUGCAUCUGCUUCGGUACCUCAUCAGUUGCAUACACUUGUUAAUACAACUAAUGGAACUCUACUUACAACAGGAAUUCCUGUUAUGUUAGAUACAGAUAAAGUCCAAAUAAAUCGGUUAAAUUCCACGACAAACAGUGGAAUGCCCCGUGUUAAAGAAGUAAAGCGCAGUGCACACAAUGCUAUUGAACGGAGGUACAGAACUUCGAUUAAUGACAAAAUAGUUGAAUUGAAAAACAUUGUUGUGGGAGUCGAUGCAAAACUUAAUAAAUCUGCAAUUCUGAGAAAGACUAUUGACUAUAUUCGAUUUCUACAGAAUUCAAAUCUAAAAUUGAAAAAUGAAAACAUGGCAUUAAGAAUGUCAGUUCAACGACAAAAUGUGAGUGAUAUAAUAUCAUGUGGUGAAUUAACACCGCCACGUUCAGAAACAAGUGAACCACCAUUGUCUCCAACUUCUGGACCUCCUUCACCUCUUUCUACUAAGGAUGAAAUAAAUCCACCACACAAUUCUAAUAUUCCAACAGUUUCUGUCAGUCAGGGAAUUCCAGAUCAUACACGUGUUACUCUGUGUGUGGUUCUAUUCGCUUUUCUAAUAUUCAAUCCUUUUGGAAUUGUCGUAAACAAAAUGGCAAGAAUGGACUACAAUUAUUAUAGUUCCAAGUUGGAUGGCCGGACAAUACUCAACUAUCAAGAAAAUUCGACAACUGAAAACAAAAUGUGGAUGCACUUAAUGCUUUGGUUUGUUAACAUUGCCUUCUUCGUUGGAGCAUUAAUUCGAUUGUUAUUAUUUGGCGAUCCAGUAUUACCUGCCGAUAAUAAAGUAAUAUUUGAAUUGCGAAGAUGGAGGAGACAAGCUGAAUUCAAUAUUUCAAAUCUUGACUACGAGCACGCUCAUCGUGAUUUACAGAGAUGUUUACAAUAUUUUGGACGCUCUUUGCCCUCUACGCGUAUUGAAAUAUUUCUUGCAACAUUGUGGCAGUGUGUUAGACAAAUUUUGAAUAAAUGUUGGCCCUGCAAAUGGAUAUUACUGGUGGGAAAAUGGUUAUCAGAAAAGACAGAGAGAAAGUCAAUUGAAACAUCCGCUAUGGAAUUGGCCGCCGUUUAUCAACACAUGCUACGCUUAUCAUUUUCUGAAGGAUUAAACAAACAGUCACUGCUCCUUGCACUUUCAAUGAUUAAUUAUGCUGAAAAUGCUGGACAUAUUAUUUCAAAAAUAAUGCUAGCGGAAAUGUACAUUGACGCUGCUCUAUGUUUUAAGCAAUCAUUUAUUCCGCUUGUUCAUAAAUAUUUCUUGGGAAAAGCUCGCAGUUUAUUGUUGUCUUAUCCGGCUCAUUCGAAGAUGAAGUGGAUUACAACAGAAGAUGGUUUUAAAUUUCUAUUAACUCACAAUUGGAAAUACGGAAAACUAGUGGAAAGUGAAUUCACUUCGCAGAGUAAUGCUUUUGAACCAUUGUCAUAUGCUGCUCGUGCUUACAGAGAAUAUCUUAUUGAACAAGGAUUGAAACUUUUGAGUGGAACAGCUUAUAGUAAUUUACAUGCUUCGACUGCAGUGGAAAUUGGAAAUCGCAUCAUUGAUACUGUUAGCAGUGAUAUAAGUUUGGCAAACGAUGGGGAAACUAAGUCUACAGAAUAUAAAGAUGAAAUUGGACUUUGGUGGGGUGCUGUUAUUUGUUCUGCAGCUAAUUGGAGAUUGGGGGAAAAUAGUUUGGUAUCUCAGUGUAUUGUUGAAGAGAAAUUUCCUUUUGGAAAGCAUGCUCAACUAAGUAUACAUCAUACCAAUAAUAAACCUUUACAUCAUGCUGCACUUUGUAUAAUUCGAGCAAUGAAGGCUACAUCAAAUGAAACUUUAACCAAUCUUGUCGAUCAAGCUGGAUUACUGAUGGAACAAUCUAUGGUUUAUUAUGACUGCAAGCAAAAGUCAUCUCAGAAUUUUUUGUUGACUCAGCUAUGGAUUUGUGAUUGGCUUUUAGAAAAAAGAACGACCAUGUGGCAAGAAAAUGCUGCAAAUCGAAAUUUACCAUUCAGUCCAAUGCUUUAUGCAUUUCAGAGGGAUUUAUUGUGUCUGAAACAUCUUUACCAACGUAUUCCAGCAUUAUUUUCCAAAGUCGUUGUGUAUGAAGCAACUGCUCGUCUCAUGGCUGGCGCAGCACCGGUGAAGACACAAAUUUUAUUAGAUCGCAGUGUACGCCAACGUAAUUUACGAUCAACAAUAAUUUGUGGCAAAGAUCGAUCUCCAGAACAAACUAGAGGAGAACGUGAACAUGCAACAGCUUUGUGUUUAGCUUGUCGACAUUUACCUCCAUUAUUACUCGCUUCACCAGGAGAACGUGCAGGAAUGUUGAUAGAAGCAGCUAAAACUUUUGAAAGAAUGGGCGAUCGUAUAAAGCUUGACAAUUGUUAUAAACUAAUUCAACAGUUGCGACCAGUCAUUUCGGUUAAUUAAGAAUCUAUUUUAUUUAAUUAUAGCUUUGGAUAUAGGAAAGAUAGUGUCUUAAAAUGUGAGACCGAAAGAAAAAUAUUUUUAAGUGUAUAAAUAGUUUAUUUUUACUUUAAAAUUAAAUAAGGAUUGAUUAGACAUAAAUCUAAUUAUUAUAAAUUUUCAGUUAAUGAUUCUUUUAAUGAAAGACAAUUCAUCGAUAUUUGAUUUAAUUUGGAUAUUUUUAGAGCUAAAAUGGCUUUAAACGAUACUUUUAAAUCUAAAUAAUAACGGUUUUAUAAUGUAGAUUUUAAAAGAAACAUUUUUAUUUAAAUAAACGUAAUUUAAAUACGUUGUAAUUUUGUCUAAAAGGCGUUUGUUAAUAUUGUUUAUAUUUUUUCUGGCUUUUUUUUAUAGAUUGCGAUGGAAAAUUUGUAGAAACCGAAUGGUUGCAGUUGCUUUGUAGUGUAAAUAAAAUGAUAAUUAUACUUUUUGAAUAAA